GGCGGCAGAGGAGGAGGAGGAACGAAGGAGGAGAAAAGACCGGAGGAGGAAGGACAAGCGGCAGAGAAGAGGAGGGAGGCAGGAGAGGGAGAGGAGGAAUCCGCUUGCUCCCGUGCCCGCUGCCGCGCCGCCCUCUCGCCGCCCGCGGGCGCAGCCCUCAGCCCCGCUCCGCCGCGGUCCUGCGCAUCCGCUUCCGCCGCCUCCGCACGCCCCCGCGUCCCCGGUGUCUCGCAGCCGGAGGCAGCGCGGACUCGCCGCAUCUCGCAGACAUAACAGAAAACAAUUUCAACAUGUCAUCAGUCAAGCGCUUGGUUUAUGCAGUCAUCCAUUUCUUGAGAGAACAGAGUCAGAUGGAUACUUUCACUCCAGAUGAACAAGAAAGCUUGGAAGUUGCAAUUCAGUGUCUGGAGACUGUGUUUAAGAUUACCCUGGAAGAUACUCAUCUUGCAUCCUCACAGCAUUUGAUAGAAAUGUUCACAAAUUCUAUUCAAAAGAAUGAUAUGCUGCCUCUCUCACGUUCUUUACCGGAAGGCAUUGUAAAGGCUGACCAACUGAAGGAUGAAGGUAAUAAUCAUAUGAAGGAAGAAAAUUAUGGUGCUGCAGUGGAUUGUUACACUAGGGCUAUAGAACUGGAUCCAAACAACGCAGUCUAUUAUUGCAACAGGGCUGCUGCUCAAAGUAAGCUCAACAACUUCAGGGAAGCAAUAAAAGACUGUGAGAGUGCCAUAGCAAUAGAUCCAAAGUACAGCAAAGCAUAUGGAAGAAUGGGGUUGGCUCUGACCUCAGUGAAUAAAUAUCAAGAAGCAGUUACCAGUUAUCAAAAAGCACUUGAUCUUGAUCCAGAGAAUGACUCUUACAAGUCAAAUUUGAAAAUAGCAGAACAGAAACUGAGAGACGUGUCCAGUCCUACUGGAACUGGACUGAGUUUUGACAUGGCAAGCUUGAUAAACAAUCCUGCCUUCAUUAGUAUGGCAGCAAGCUUAAUGCAAAAUCCUCAAAUUCAACAACUGAUGUCAGGGAUGAUGUCAAAUGCCAUCGGUGGCCCUGCUGCUGGGGUUGGUGGCCUUUCAGAUUUGUCCAGCCUAAUCCACGCGGGGCAGCAGUUUGCACAGCAGAUACAGCAGCAGAAUCCUGAGCUCAUAGAGCAACUGAGAAAUCAUAUCCGGAGCAGAUACUUGAGUGGCAGCACUGAAGAACAUUCCUGACUUCAAGGAGUCAUGUGAAUUGGAAUGAUAUAUAACCCCCAAAUGCAUACCAUAGUUAGUAGCAAAAGCACCAUUGUAACUCUUCUGCUUGAAUAGAAGACAGAAAAUUCUUUGUGUGUGUUUGCAAACAAGAAUAAAUCUGGUAAACAAAUCUCUUGCACAUAACUUGGAACAUAGCGUUUAUGUGUAGUUACUCCUCUGAAAAUUAAUACACUGAAUAGGUGGUUUAUUAUAAUCCCCAAGUCCAAGUCAUUUCAGUAUGUGCAUCAGAUUGACCUCCGGGACUACUAUAUGGGGAGGAAUUUUGUACUGUGCUUGAUCUUGCCUACCAGAUACUUCUAAAAUUCUAAUGUAAAAGACAUGUUGCUCCUAUGGUGAGAAUCAUGAUGGCAGUACUCCUUUAAAGAGUAUUGAAAUACUGAAACAAUAGGCCCAUCUGAUGUGCCCUUUUAUAAUGAGCACUAAGUAGAAUUGGAGUAUAGAGUGUACUUAAAACUCAUGUUUGAGAAGUCCAUUUCCUUAAUCCUGUGAAGGGACCUUAAUGAGUAACAGGAAAUAUUUUUCAACUUCACUGGGCAGAAGAGAGGGAGAUUACUGCAUAUGAAGGUGUACCACACAUUGUAGAGAAAGAGAAGGCAAUAGCUUUUUUACUGCCAUGUAUACCCUCACAUCAUGAUGAUAGCCCUGGAGGUCAGAAUUAUGGCACUGUGUUCCUAGGCAUGGCAAGCUGUAUUACAUUCCGUAUGUAUGCAGUAUUUAAUAUAAACUUAAAAUUCUUAACUGUAAUAAGCUGAAACUGAGCCUGUGACUGUACAAAUAACUAGUACUGAAAAUUUUAAAAAAUAACUGCCUUAGAAGGAUUCUUUUUCUAUUCUUGUGUGAUAAAUCACUGGCUUAAACAAUUGGGGAUUUUUUUUUAAUUACACAUAUCUAUCUAAAAUGAUGGUUAUAUAGUCAAGUUAAAGAUUUUUCGACUCUAUAGUGCUUGUUUCUUGCUCAGUUAAUAUUAUUCUUGCAAGACUGCUGCUCUUCUGUAUGUAUAGUAUGUUAACUUUUUUUACUCUGCUUACUGUUCAUGCUGCUUUCUGAUAAAAAAUACUUAUUCUUAGCCCAGGGAAGCUCUCAACACACUUUCCUCUUUGUAUAAUUUGAGGAGCCUGCUUUGAUUUCUUAGACAAAGUGAUCUCUCAUGAGUCUGGAAGGAGGUAUGUAAGGAGUAACAAUAGACUCCCAAAUGGAGAAAUGCUCAGGAACUUCUGAACCUUUCUAAUCUUGUGCUCAUAAAAGAGCUCCUCCAGCAGAAGCAAAUGCAAAAUUUGGGGCUAAGUAAUAUACUUGAUUCUAACAAAUUAUAGUUGUGCUUCUGCGGUAUGAAUCUUACUCUACUACACCAGACAGAAAAAUGCAGCUGGAAUCCAAGGAGAAAUUAAAGGAAUUGGAGAAAAUACAAAUCUAGGAAAUCCAUAUGACCAUCUGUAGAAUAAAGAGGUAAAGCUUAAUAGAUAAACAAUUUAAAGACAUUUCAUACUUUAUUGAAUAGCUUGCCUAUGUACAGUAGUAAAAUGCUUUUUAAAAUUCUCUCUAAGUUGGUGUAGCUGCUUUCUUCAGGCUGUAGAGAUACUUAAGCUUUACAUUAAAUAUAUUUUCAACUAACAGCUUCUGACUUAACAUUUGAUGACAAGAAAGAGAAUCACUAAAGAGAUCUUUUUUCAGAGGUAGCUCAGAUCCUGAAUCUAAUGCAUUCAAGGAAACUUACUUAAGUUCAAUUACACUGAGUAGGACAGGAGUACCAUCAAGAAGGAUGAUUUAUGGAGGCUCUGGGUGGGCUACUGGUGUUACUUGGAAUAGUGUGUUGUGUUAGGAGGGAAGCGUUGCACCUAGUAUGUAUCCUAUUAAACUUCACAGUUCCUUUUAAUUCUCUUUCCUAUAUUCAGCUGCUCAAAGUGUGUUUCACUAACUUUGAGAGGGGGAACCAAAAAAUCCAUGGUGGACUGGAUAGUUCUGCCAAUAUCUCUCUACAAACUCAUUCUCACUCUGCAACAGCAAUCCUCAUGCAAUUAGUUACUUCUCUCCUGUAAGACAGUGUCAAGAAUUUCAUUAGUUCCUUAAGAACUACAAAGUAUGUUAAUAUCCAAAGAGGGCAGAAGUUAUGUACUUGUACUGUCAAGAACAAGCUCCAUAGCUUACUGGAUUUAUGGAAGAACAAUGCCCAAGGUUAAAUGGAAUGAAGCAUUGGUUAUCUGAAAAACUACUCUUGAAGUCAUCUUCAUGGAGGUGUAAUUUUAAUUUCACAUGCUACAACAUUGUUGUGUUUAGGUUUUACUUUAGAUAAUACAGAAUAUAUAAUUAAAAUGUUAACAGCAUUAUCUAGGCCUUCAGGAAUGUGCUACAACUGACUGGCACAACUCUUUACUAGUAAACAUUCUCUGUUUCUUGUAUUAACAGAAGGGGCUUUAUUGCCUAAACAAAAAACAGUGAAACCAGUAACAGGAGCUGUCAUUAUAUGCUUUUCCACUGAAACCAUGAACAGAGAGAUCAUUUAUGCUAAGGUCUGCUUUUCUUUGAAUUGCCUGGAUUGUUUCAGUCAUGCAACAUGUCUUAAUCACAGGGUGUGGAAGGAACCUUUUCCUGUGUAGUAACUCCACUGUAUCUUGUGCUAAAAUUUUUCAUCUUGCUAGAUAAAGUGGUAAACCACAAUCCCUGUAAAUAUUGCUUUAAUUUAAGAUCACUUGCAGUUUAUCAUUCAACUAAGCAAAUUUGCAUUUACACCUAAUUGGUUUUGUAUCAUUACUGUUCUAUCAGUGUGUAAGUAUGGUAAUUUGUUAGAGAAGAAAAUAUUUUGCAAUCAGUUGUAAACUCCUGUAACCUGCCUGCAUGGGAGUAUAUUCUUCUAUGAUCAUAGAAACACCUAAUGAAAUAUUCAGCUUAGAAAUUAUUUCAGUUGCACUCUUGGUUUUGUAACAAGUGCAAAGUAAAAUCAUUCAUGCAUACUGAGAUAGGACUAGCUCUGUAACUUUGAGUAGAUUGUUUAAAGGCAACAGAAAGUCAUACUGUCAUAAUGCAACUUGUCUACUAUUUCUGUCUCUCUCCUACCUCUUACUGCCAUGUGGUUACAUCUCCUUCAAUUUGUGUAGCUUAACUUGAAGAUACAUUCUAAAUAAAGUUAUAUACUUUUUUGUCUCUAUA